UGAAGCUUUAGCAGUGGCUUUUACUACUCUUCUCCCGCCUCUACACCCGGCGCGUUCGUCUUCCCUCUUACCCACCCCCAACCACGCUGUCCUCCGUAUCCAUCCCCUCCUUUCUUUCCCACCCACUCAUCACCCCAGGCUGGGGAAUCUCCAUUGACGUUCGGGUGACGCUACUGUGCUGCCACUGUGGGUAGGUGGGGGUGGUUUCCAAGCGCUGCACAGGUAACGCCACCGCUGCCGCCAUAUUGACAGAGCUGGGGAUGGGGAGGGGGCCCUAGGAAGAGGGGUGGGGGACAGAGUCAACGCCAAGCGACAGUCGCGGUGGCGGCAGUGCUGAGCACCAGUCGAGUGGAGCUCUCCGUGAGGCAGCAGAGUUUUCUUGUCUAUUGGGGCAGCUGCCUGCGGCGGCGAUCCUCAGCUCGCAGCCUGUGAGCGGACGCUGCAGCGAGGGCAGCGGUGGCUGAAGCAGGGUCUGAGGGUUCCGUGGGUGCUGGCGGCGGCAGGCAAGCUCAAACGACGGGAUGUGCGGUCGCUCCAGCGGUUGGCACCUCCUGUUCAAGUGCUCCUGAAGGGGCAAUGCUACCGUUCACUCCUCAGGAGGAGCUUUGGAACCAAGAAAUGGAGGUGUUUGGAGGCGGCGCAAGCAGCGGCGAGGUGGAUGGUCUUAAAAUGGUUGAUGAGCCAAUGGAAGAGGGAGAAGCAGAUUCUUGCCAAGAUGAAGGAAUUGUUAAAGAAAUCCCUAUUACUCAUCAUGUUAAGGAAGGGUAUGAGAAAGCAGAUCCUGCACAGUUUGAGUUGCUCAAAGUUCUUGGUCAGGGAUCCUUUGGAAAGGUUUUUCUUGUUCGAAAGAAGACUGGUCCUGAUGCUGGGCAGCUCUAUGCAAUGAAGGUGUUAAAAAAAGCUUCUUUAAAAGUUCGAGACAGAGUUCGGACAAAGAUGGAGAGGGAUAUACUGGUGGAAGUAAAUCAUCCAUUUAUUGUCAAAUUACACUAUGCCUUUCAGACUGAAGGGAAGCUGUAUUUAAUACUAGAUUUUCUCAGGGGAGGAGAUGUCUUUACAAGAUUAUCCAAAGAGGUUCUGUUUACAGAGGAAGAUGUGAAAUUCUACCUUGCAGAACUGGCACUUGCUUUGGAUCAUCUGCACCAAUUAGGAAUUGUAUAUAGAGACCUGAAACCAGAAAACAUUUUGCUUGAUGAAAUAGGACAUAUCAAGUUAACAGCCCAAGACUGGAAAUGUCCCAAAUGUCCUUCAGAGAAUGAAUGGAUAAACAAACUGAUACAUCCAUACAAUGGAGUACUACCCAUCAGUAAAAAGGAAAGAACUCUUGAUAUAUGCAACAACUUGGAUGGACUCAAGGGCAUUAUGCUGAAUUUUGGACUCAGUAAGGAAUCUGUAGAUCAAGAAAAGAAGGCUUACUCAUUUUGUGGUACAGUGGAGUACAUGGCUCCUGAAGUAGUAAAUAGGAGAGGCCACUCCCAAAGUGCUGAUUGGUGGUCAUAUGGUGUACUUAUGUUUGAAAUGCUUACUGGUACUCUGCCAUUUCAAGGUAAAGACAGAAAUGAGACCAUGAAUAUGAUAUUAAAAGCAAAACUCGGAAUGCCUCAGUUUCUUAGUGCUGAAGCACAAAGUCUACUAAGGAUGUUAUUCAAAAGAAAUCCAGCAAAUAGACUGGGUUCAGAAGGAGUUGAGGAAAUCAAAAGACAUCUUUUUUUUGCAAAUGUUGACUGGAAUAAAUUAUAUAGAAGAGAAGUUCAACCUCCUUUCAAACCGGCUUCUGGAAAACCAGAUGAUACUUUUUGUUUUGAUCCUGAAUUUACUGCAAAAACACCUAAAGAUUCUCCUGGUUUGCCAGCUAGUGCUAAUGCUCAUCAACUCUUCAAAGGAUUCAGCUUUGUGGCAACUUCUAUUGCAGAAGAAUAUAAAAUCACUCCUGUUACAAGUGCAAAUGUGUUACCAAUUGUUCAGAUAAAUGGAAAUUCCGGACAAUUUGCUGAAUUAUAUGAACUAAAAGAAGAUAUUGGUGUUGGCUCCUAUUCUGUUUGCAAGCGAUGCAUACAUACAGCUACGAACAUGGAAUUUGCAGUGAAGAUCAUUGACAAAAGUAAGAGAGACCCUUCAGAAGAAAUUGAAAUAUUAAUGCGCUAUGGACAACACCCCAACAUUAUUACUUUAAAGGAUGUUUAUGAUGAUGGUAGAUAUGUUUACCUUGUUACGGAUUUAAUGAAAGGAGGAGAACUACUUGACCGUAUUCUCAAAAAAAAGUGUUUCUCAGAACGGGAAGCUAGUGAUGUACUGUUUGUAAUAAUUAAGACAGUUGACUAUCUUCAUUGUCAAGGAGUUGUUCAUCGUGAUCUUAAACCUAGUAAUAUUUUAUAUAUGGAUGAAUCGGCCAAUGCAGACUCCAUUAGGAUCUGUGAUUUUGGGUUUGCAAAACAGCUUCGUGGAGAAAAUGGAAUUCUUUUAACUCCAUGCUACACUGCAAACUUUGUAGCACCUGAGGUUCUUAUGCAACAGGGCUAUGAUGCUGCUUGUGAUAUUUGGAGCCUGGGUGUCCUUUUUUACACCAUGCUGGCUGGCUACACUCCAUUUGCUAAUGGCCCCAAUGAUACUCCUGAAGAGAUACUGCUACGUAUAGGCAAUGGCAAGUUCUCUUUGAGUGGUGGAAACUGGGACAAUAUUUCAGAUGGAGCAAAGGAUUUACUCUCCCAUAUGCUACAUAUGGACCCACAUCAGCGGUACACUACAGAACAAGUAUUAAAACACUCAUGGAUAACCCACAGAGAUCAGUUGCUGAAUGUUCAGCCAAAUAGAUAUGAUGCAUCACAUGUCAUUAAGGGAGUAGUGGUCACCACAUGUUCUGCCCUGACUCACAAGACCUUUCAACCAGUCCUUGAGCCUGUUGCUGCUUCAAACUUAGCUCAGCGACGGAGCAUGAAAAAACGAACAUCAACUGGCCUAUAAGAUUUCUAGUGUUCCUCAGCCAGACUGGAUGAAGAGAAAAUUAAAUGUGUGGCUUUUUGCCUAAUCUUAUAUCAAAGGCAUUGUUUUCUGCUACAUUACUUUAAUAUUCUGUUUAAGCCUCCUUUUUUAGGUAGAUGAGAUAAAAAAAAAUACACAGGUCCACAGUAUUCAUACUCUAUGUUGUUUUGUAGUGGUGUCCAAGUGUUUAAAUAUAUAAUUGGUGUCUACAAGGUCCUAACAACUUCUCUGCACACUAACUUGUAAAGUUCCUUUCAAAUAAAGUUAUUUUAAUAGUUUUUCUAGUUUCAUAAAAUAAUGAUUUGGGGAAUCAGUACCAAAAAUCAGGAUGCAAAUACAAUAGUAUAAUGCCAGGCAAUGCCAAUAUUUUUAACAUCAGAUCCUGAAGAAUAGGCUUUUUUAAAAAGGAAAACAAACAAAAAUGUAUUGUAGAAACUUGUUUUUGCAUAAAACCAAAGAACUACAUUCAUUUGUGCUAAUACAUGAGCUCCUGAUAUAGUUGGUGCCAAAAUUUUUACAGAAUCAAAUCACAGAUUAUGUAUUCAGACAGACCUAUAUAUUAUCCAUAAACGUCCUCAUCUAGAAAUAAAGGUUUCCAAAAGACCUCUGUAAAUUUUACAUCUAAUGAAAUUAUGGUACAAAAGAAGAAAUUUUUUAGCCAAAGGCUUUAUAUUGGUCUUGUAAUCUACUAAAUACGUUAUAAUUAAGCCUUUGAAAAUAAAGUACAUGUGUUGAUACCAUCUUCAUGAUAUGUAAACAUACUUUCAAUUUACUCAAUUGGAUUUAAUCAUAUUUUUCCCUUUGGUGAUGAACUACAUUUUUGUCUUUGGACUUUCAAAAUUUAAUUACAGUGUAGUGUAUUAAUUUACCUUGAAUCCUAUGGUUAUAUAGUUUAAAUUUUAUUGUAAUGGACUUGUGGGCUUAGCCCACAUGAUAUAAUACAAUGCAUUUCAGUAAACUUUAGACAUUGCUACAAAGAGAUAAACUAACAUUUUGAAAAGAAAAUAAUAUUCAUGAUCUACAUAAAAUUUGAGCACAUUUUAAAUCUUAUUUAUAAAAAAGGUCUGGCAAAAUUGGUCUUAUUUUUAAAUUUAUUAUUUAGAACCAUGGGGUGGUAUAUAUUGUUAUCUCUAAAUGAUGGAAUUUUAAAGAAUCUUUUCACUUUGUUGAAGAAAAUACCAUUACUACUACUACUACUACUGACAGAAAGAACUCAUGAAUGUAAACUGGAGGAUAUUACAGCUUUGUUUAGUGAAUAUAAGUGAACAACUUGUGUGUGCUAAGUGUACUGUUUUUUGUGUAUUUUAUUUUGCUUGAUCCAGAGAGCAAGCUGAUUACUAAGCACUGAAGUAUAAAAUUUAGUCUAGAAGACUUGUAACUUUGGUAUUCAAUAAAGGAAACUAUACAUAUUCUCUUCAUAAUAUAAGUGAUAUAUAUUCCAUGUAAAAAGAUCUGUUUCUUUGGUAUAAUGUAUAAAAGUAUACAUCUUUACUUUGAGGUGUCUUUUUGUAAUAAUUGAAAGAUUUAAAAACAUCUAAUGCCACAUGGAAAACAUUAUUUAGUAAUAGACCUGUACCAUAUCUUGUGGGUUUUUCUUUCCCAAUUUUGUCUUUUCUUUCCUCAUUUUGCUUUCUUACUAGAAUUACUUGCAUGUAACCAUUUGUGUUCAUAUAUUCUGACUUACUUUCCUCUUGUCAUUAUCUUAUUAGUGCUGUCAUGCCUUGUUUUUAUCAGAAUUAAUAUGACAAACUUAGAGGUAUGAUUUUGGUGUUGGACUUUUCAGAACAGAGAUACAAUUUCCAAGUAUUGUUUUCAAGUAAUAGUAUUAGGGUAUGUGAAAUUGGAAAGUGCAAAAUUAUCACAAAAUAACUUACAAUCUUUCUAUAUUAAUUAAUCUUUCCAUAUAAUUAAUUACAAUCUUUCUAAAUUAAUUAAUGGCGCCCAAAAGUAGAUUAUCUUAAUUAAUUUCUCACUGAGGUUGCUCAGAGGGGUAAUAUUAUACAGUCCUUUCAUGAAAGGAACACAAUCAGAAUUAAGCAAUGAACAGUAAGAUUCUUCAUCACUCAAUGAGGAUUGAAAAAUUAUAAAAAGACACAGAAACACUAGUAGAUUUUCCCAAUAAUGGUGCAAAACUUUUCUGCUGGAAAAUUCAAACAAAGUAGAUUUAAAAAAGUAGUAGGGGCAACUUUAGUAUAAGGGAAAUCUUCAAAUUAUACUCUAAUUUUAUAGAAGGAAUCCAGAUAGGGAUGCUUACUCAUGUACUUUUUGGCUAGAGCAAUAAAUUCAGAUGUAAAUGGGCGCUGUUUUGGUGGGGUUCCUAUAAACGCUUAACCAGUAAAAACAAAUCCUUUCUAUAAAAUUUUAGGAUAUUGUUGUUUCUAAUGGAUUCAUGAACAAUUAAUUUGCAUUGCUUUUCUUUUUAGUUGAUGGUUCUUGCUAGUAUUUACUGAUAGCACAAUUUAGGAGUUUUGUUGUUCUGGAAAGGAGAGGAUAUUGUAUUGUUAUUUUCCUCAGAGGGAAAACAUCAUGUUUUCCCAGAAAGACUAAGAAUCUAUCGUCCUAAAGCGCAUAUUAUCGUAAGGAAACACAAGAAGCCAUUGGUAAGUAAAUUAAAAUGUAGUGGUGGUGAUUUUGUGGGGGUGAAAUGGUUUCAGCCAAUUCAUGAAAAUCAAACUUGAGCCUAUUUUGUUAGACACAGAAAUGCCUAAACAUUAAUUUUUGUAAUGUAUUGCUAUCAGUAAUUAAACAUAAAAAAACAUUUUUAUAGAACGUCUGGUUAAUCCAAAAGGAUUUCUUAUGUGUAGACAACCCACAAACUUAAGAAUAGAUGCUUAAUGUUUACAAUGUCUCCUCAUUGAACAUUCGUGUGAGUAUAUUACUGCCCAUAGAAAUUUACUCAUACUGAUCGAAUAAUAUUUCCCUGGAAGUAAGAGGCCCUUCAUAUAUGAAAAAGGAAAAAAAUAAACCUGCUUAACUUGGCCUUAAGAUCAACUAAAAAACUUGUUUUAAACUAGGCAAAGUAUGUCUCUGGCAUUCUGUAUAUUCUCUUUCUCCUGCUUUCCAGUCCCCACAUGCUAUCCUACUUGAGUACCUUACAGAGGACUCCAUGAUUAAAGCUUACUCCAGAAGGAUUUUGUGCCCCAAAGUACCACACAAGCUUUCCCCUCCCCAAAUCAGAGCUUCCAUUCUCAAAGAGCAGUUAUAUUCAGCUAAAAUGGUGAAAGGAGAACUAUCUUGAUAAAUUAAUUCUCAUUUUUCUGUCAAUGGCUAAUAAAUAAUUGGUAUUUUUGAAGGAAGUUGCCCAUUAAUUUAAUGAAUUUCUGGUUGCUGGAUUUUUAGGCAGUUUAACCAGAUGAGAAUAAUUUUUUAUCAGUUAUUAUCAGGGAAGAUACUUCGGGACAAGGAAUUUACACAGUAUGCCCCAGGUUCAGAUUAUCCCAUAAACGAUUUCCUUUUUGCACUGCUUCAUCCUUUCUACUUUUCAAAAUUCUUUUUCUCUUCCAAGAAAUUUCCAUGAUUUUUUAAUAAUUUUUUAUCACUUACAUUUUGGUUUUAUUUUUUUAUUUUUUAAAAUUUACAUCCAAAUUAGUUAGCAUAUAGUGCAACAAUGAUUUCAGGAGUAGAUUCUAAACUUUUUAAUCACAGUGAACUUCUAUGACAGAACGGUGUGGAGGGAGACAGUUGUUAAAUGCACGUUUAUCUGUAUUGUUUCUCAUAGUAUAUAACCUAUGACAUAAGGAGUCUCCAGCCCAUCCCCCCAGCCUCUAUUCCUGUUUUUUGAUAAGCAAGAGUAUAGAAAGGUUGAAUGCAAUAUCAGUGGAGUCCAAGUCUCUAGAUCCUUUGUCUACAUUUCAGGACACAGAGAUCCUCAAUGUUACUUCUCAACAAGAAUGCAAGCCAUAUUAAGUAUAGCCUGGUCAACAUCAAUCAAACUACUUUAGAACAAUUUCUUACAUUCCAAAACUUACUUAGGUAUUUUUGAUGUGUAUCUCAGUAUAAAUAAUUGCUGAAAUUAACAGAACAAUUCAGUAGUGUGCUAUCUGCCUUCCUAUGCAACAGUGUAGUGGCAUUGAUAAUGAUUAUUCACAAAUACAUUAUACUUAUGGAUGCACUGUUCCUGGUUUUAUUCUUUCAAUAUAGUAAAAUCCAUCAUAUAAUUUGAAUAAAAUGAUAAUGCUUGAUCACCUAAAUUUCAGUUUGUUUGAAGGUAUUUAAGUCCUAAAUUAUAGGGAUAAGUUUCUUUGAAAUAAAAAGAAAAACACUAAGGAAAAGUAUUUUUAGAAUGUAGUAAUUCAAGUUUGUAUACAUAUAUUCCACAAAUUAUGUACCUUUUUAUUGACCAGCAAGAAAUAUUAGUAAAUGCUUAGAAAUAAGUCCAUAUGUGAUUAAGAAGUUAGGAUUUGUUCUAUAUUCACAUUUCUAAACCUUCAAUAGUCAAUAGUCAUCAUUGGAUGACUGUUUUGCUUUCAUACUAUUUGUCUAAUUAUGUGAACGAAUUUUCUCUUCAAAAGGUAUUUAUUAAACAUCUAAUUUUAUGCAGAACAGUUCUGCAUAUUUUUUGCAGAAUAUACUAUGUGCAUUAGUUUCUUAAUAAAUUGUCACAAUGUGACCAAUUGGA